AAGCGGCUGGCUCCUGGAAAUAUACUGAGAGCACACAGAGCUUCCCCACACCUUCAAAUUUGCACCUUGUGGCCCAGGAGCUUGCUUCAGUAGCCUUCUUUCCCAGCUUACUAUGGCCACCACCAAUAGCAGUGCGGGCAUCCGGUGGUCCAGACAGGAGACACGAACUCUUCUCUCCAUACUAGGUGAGGCAGAGUAUAUUCAACGCCUCCAGACUGUACAUCAUAAUGCAGAUGUCUAUCAGGCUGUGUCUAAGCGGAUGCAGCAGGAAGGCUUCCGCCGCACCGAACGCCAGUGCCGCUCCAAGUUUAAAGUUCUGAAGGCAUUAUAUUUAAAGGCCUAUGUUGCCCAUGCCACCAGUAUGGGUGAUCCACCACACUGUCCAUUUUAUGAUACGUUGGAUCAGCUUCUCCGCAAUCAGAUAGUGACUGAUCCAGACAACUUAAUGGAGGCUGCUGCAUGGGCCAAGCACUGUGAUCAGAACAUAGUGACCUCUGACACCCCGGGGGAAGAGGGAACCAGCAUUCUGAAAGCAAAAAGGACUCAGGCAGCUGAUCAUCAGCCUUUCUUGAAAACAGUUAAGGAAUCAGAUGAGGAUUGUCAGCUGAGAAUCAGUGACCAGAUACAAGAAACCAGUGACCUUGAGGACUCCUGGGAUGAAUCCUCGGGUGCAGGGUGCUCUCAAGGGACCCCCAGCUACAGCAGCUCCCACAGCCUUUUCAGAGGUGCAGUUGCUCCCUGUCAGAGCAGCCCCAUGACCAGACUGAGUGUGUCCGGUGAACCCAGUCCCUGCACCAACACCAACCGAAACCCUCGAGGGGCAGCCUCCACUCUGCAGCCUCCAGGUUCCUCUUCUGCAGUUGGUUUGGUCUCUGGUGGGGAUAGGCCUUUGACCAGUGAGCCUCCUCCAAGGUGGGCAAGGCGAAGAAGGCGGUCAGUGGCCAGGACUAUUGCAGCUGAGUUGGCAGAAAACAGGAGGUUGGCACGAGAACUUUCAAAGCGGGAGGAAGAAAAACUGGAUAGGUUGAUUGCUAUUGGUGAGGAGGCCAGUGCCCAGCAAGACACUGCCAAUGAGCUGCGCAGGGAUGCUGUCAUCGCAGUCAGACGCUUGGCUACAGCAGUGGAAGAAGCAACUGGUGCUUUUCAGCUAGGGCUUGAAAAAUUGCUUCAAAGGUUGAUUUCAAAUACCAAAAGCUAGGAACUGAUUGCGAAAGAAUGUAUUUCCUAAAGUGGUAGAAGUCUUCUUCCAACACCUGCCUUCUGGUACCAUGGCUCCUUUUCUGUCCUUAGAAAGUAAAUGAGUCAUUAAUAAGCAGAAUAGUAGGAGUAUACUCUGUGAGUUCCCUUUCCCAAGAUUCUCCACUAAAUGAAAGAUCUUUAAGAAAUGGUAGGUGCCUGAUAGAAAAUACAUGGAGCCAAGUCCAAGAGUGUUAGUUUGUCCUGACUUCCUCAAUGUGAGGCAAUUUCCUUUAUCUCUCUUCCACAGAUUUCUCAUCUGUGAAAAGGGGAGAUAGCUAAUAAUAACUCCUGCCCUGCCUACCUCACAGGGUUGUUGUGAGGAUCAGAUGGCUAAUAGAUGUGAAAGAACUUAAAAGUUUAAAAGCACUAUACAAAUGUAAGUUAUUAAUGCAUAUGACCUCGGCUAAAGCAAGGCUGGGGUCAGCACACUAGUUUACAAAAUACAUAAGUGUGGUUGUAUACCAUGACCUGAUUGCUUGAAUCUUUACUAGUUUAAUUUGACUGCUUUGUGGAGUUUGAAAUCUUAAUUUUUUAAGUCCUUCUGUGGCUUGUUAGACUAGUCUAGGCACAAUGUGUAUUUGUAUCUUUGUCUCAUUUUCACUGCUGUGUCUGACAUAUCUUCUAGUAAGCACUCUUAAUAGUCAAAUCAGCUUUCCCUCUUCGUUUUACUACUUCUUAGUCUUCUAUCAAGAUAAGAAUAUAAGAACUGAUGGGAAUUGCAGUAGUGUGUUAACACUUCUUAUUGGUGAUCUUUGAUUUGGUGAAAUAUUAACUGUUCUAUAAGGUAGUAAAUGUAAGUAAAUUCUUUGCAUUUCAUAUCAUUUGGGUCCUUUUAUGUGCAUAAGCUAUAUCUUUAAAUUUUGGUUACCAUUUGAACAUUAUGGAAACAAUUUGGAUGAUAUCAGUUUCUAAUCUGUUUUGAGCUAAUUUCACUCUUUUCUGUUAGCCAUGUUUUUGGUUUGGGGCAGGGGUUGGGCCUAGUAUGUUAUAGAGGGCAAGCCCUAGAAAACUUCCUAGGUCACUUUUACUCAAAUGAUGUAGGCAAAAAUUUAUCUAGUUAAUGGCAUAUGGUGAAAGAAACCAACUUUGUUUUCCCUUUAGCCUUGAGAACACUAGAGGGUGGUAUGGAUAAAAACUGCCUGCUAUAGAUAAUUCUUUUUAAGCAUAAGCCCUCAAAAAAUACAUUUCCCUCACCCCAACACACACAUUCUUAGGAAGAGAUAAAAGUGAUAAGCACCACUUCCACUUGACUUCAGAAAGAAAACCAUUACUUGCCAUCACUAAACUAACUUAAAACUUUUAGGAGGAAACACAAAUGGGAGUCUUUGGGAUUGGAAAGGCUUUCCUGUAAUCAAGAAGCUGGAGGGCUGGUGGAGUGGCUCAAGUGAUAGAGUGACUGCCUAGCAGGUGUGUGGGGAGAGGUUGUGUUUUAUACAUUGUAGACCUGGGUGCUUACCUAAGUGCUGAAAAUGCACACAGGUGAAGAAAUGGUCAAAACAUCAGUGAGACCUACCUGAAACCAAAAGGUACAGCUAGUGAGCACCACUCUGAAGAAUGAGUGGUGGAUAUAUGAAGUAUCAGUGUGGUAGAGUACACUUAAAUCUAGUUAGGUCCCCUUGAUGCUAAUCCUGUCACAGUGUUUUCAUUGGGCAGAUGACUUACCCUUUUCGUGCCUCGAUUUCUUUAUCUCUAAAUUGAGAAAUCUAGAUGAUUUUUUCCUAGUACCUUUCAGUUCUAAGAAAAUUUUAAAUAGCAUAACGAAAAAGGCAAAAUGAACGUGAAAUUUUAACUGUAACAUUUUCAGUCAUAGCAGUAUACUAUUGUAUGUUUAAAAUACUGGUAACAAUUUUAAGAGAGCAAUCUAAGGUAUUAAUGUUUAUUAAUAUACCCUGACCUUCU